AUGCAUAGAAAGAUUCAAUAUAUCCCCUUCCUAUCUCAAACUGAGGAUAUGGAGGCAUAUAUAUCUCAAUAUAGAGAUAUGAAACAAUUACCAUAUAGUUUUCAAAAAAAUAACAGUAUGAACUUUAAAAAUAACGCUGCUGCACAACAUAAUCAGUCGUACAACAACAACAUUCAUAGUAUUCAUCACCAUAUUCAGGAAAAUGCCGGUGCCAUUACUAGCAAUGGGCCAGGUCAACAACCAUAUGGAAUUUCCUUUAAUCACAAUGGAACUAGAAAUGCAAUUUUAAAUGUGAAUGCUCCUUCUGUUCCUAAUAACGGUACCAAUAUUAAAUUAGGUUAUGAUGCUUAUUUAGUUGCUCAACGUUCUUCCAUGAAUUCUCCACUAUUGUCAACUACUAAUUCUAAUUCUGCCACUGUUCCUACUAAUACACUAAACAAUAUUGUAUUAAAUUCAUCCUCGGCAGCUUCUUCUUCUUCUUCAAUUGUAGGACCACCAGAUCAUAUGAUUUCUCCACACCAACCUUCCAAUUUGGUCGUGCUCAAUGAUUAUUCUGGAUUAUCACAACACCCGCAACAAGUUUGCUAUAAUCAUAACAGUAAUAAUACUAAUAGUGGUAAUAGUAGUAAUAAUGCUACCGGUAACAUUGGCCUACCAUACAAUACUGCCAAUAAUAAUAUCUCUAUGGAUUUCAUUCAGAAUCAUCGGGUACAACAUUCUAUAAAUGAACAACAGAAUCUUUAUCCAUAUUCCAGUAUCAAUAUUGGUAACAACAGUAAUAAUAACGGCACUGGUAACAUGAUGACCCGUACUGCAUCGGAUAUGGCAUUUAACACUAAUGCUCAUCAUAAUUCAACUAAUUUAUCUUACAUGGGCAGUAAUACUCAAGGCAAUGGGUAUUCUGGCAAUAAUAACAACGGCAGCAUUCAUUAUCCUCCUACUUCAGAAUAUAUUGAUAAUGUUAACAUGGCUACUACAUUUAAUAACAGCACUAAUAAUAUGACCAAUUUUGUACAAAAUUCAAUAGGUGCUGUUAAUAGUACCAAUGGUAUUCCAACUUCCAGUAGCCCUACGCCUGGUAUGAAUAGUUCUAGUAACAAUAAUAAUAAUGGAUUUUUUGCUCCAAUAAGUACUUCUGGUUCUUCUUCUUUAAUGGGAUCACUAAAAAUUUGGAACACUGAUAUGAGUGUUUGGAGCUAA